AUGGCCGCCACCCUCAAUAGGUUUAUCAGUCGUUCCAUAGAUCGUUGCCGACCAUUCUUUCACACACUCCGGCAAGGUAAAGCAUUUGAAUGGACCCCCGAGUGCCAGGCCGCGCUGGAUGGCUUGAAAACUUAUCUCCGUUCAGUGCCACUCUUGGCAACCCCAUCGCUAAGCGAUCCGCUCAUCUUGUAUCUAGAGAUAUCCGAUUGGGUGGUCAGCACUGUAUUACUAAAGGAAGAACUCGGGGAACAGCGACCAAUUUACUAUGUAAGCAAGGCAAUGGUCGACGCCGAAACACGAUACCUACCAUUGGAAAAGCUCAUCCUUGCUCUCGUGGUGGCUGCAAGAAAGUUGAUGCACUAUUUUCAAGCUCAUACCAUAGGGGUAUUAACAGACUAUCUUCUCCGAUCAGCGCUCCGUAACGCGGAAGUAUCGGGGCGAGUCUCUAAAUGGGCUUUGGAACUUGGACAGUAUGAUAUCCAGUUUUCACCCAGAAUGACCAUUAAGGGUCCUUGGUCGUUCGCUCAAUGGGGACUUGAUAUCAUCGGACCAUUACCAUGGGCCCCGGGAAACAGACGAUUCCUAAUCGUCGUAACAGACUAUUUUACAAAGUGGGUCGAAGCAGAAGCAUUAACAUAUAUUCGAGAUGUUGAUGUUAAACACUUUGUAUGGAAAAACAUUAUAACUCGAUUCGGCAUACCAAGAGCACUUGUAUCCGUCAACGGGCCCCAAUUCGAUUGUGGCAUCUAUUGGGAGUUAUGCAAUACAUACGAUAUUUGGCCCUACUUUUCUUCGCCGGCGUACCCGCGAAGCAACGGUCAGGCUGAGGCCUCCAAUAAAGUGAUCCUGGAUGGCAUCAAGAAACGAUUGGAGAAGGCCAAGGACAAGUGGGUUGAAGAGUUGCCCAGUGUGUUGUGGGCUCAUCACACCACUCCGAGGCGGUCUACUGGAGAAACGCCGUUCACUUUGUGCUUUGGGACACAAGCUAUUAUCCAUCUUGAAAUCGGCUUGCCCACACUGAAAUCCAAGGUUUUCAACAUGAGGCAUAAUGACAUGAUGCUGGCCUUAGAUUUGACUUUGAUUGAAGAACAUCGAGAUCUGGCUCUUGCGUGUAUGGUGCGGUAUCAGCAGUAG